CACCUCGGUAUCAGUCCACUCCAGGCCAAAGUACUGGGAGAUCUGCAUGAACUUUCAUCACAUCAUACAUCUCUUGCACAAUUCCCAGGAAUACUGCACCCCCAAAUCAUUAUUCAAAGAUAUGAGCCACAACGAUACCGAAACCCCGGAAUAUCUUUUCCUGGAUAUUCUUGUGAAGCAGGUUCUCGAGCAAGAUGGGAUACAAGUUGAGGAGCCUUGGGGGCGUUUAUAUAUUAAUGCCAUUCCUGAAGGAAGGUUUGGAGACGCGAUAUGGGCUCGCUAUCAUAUGCUGGGCGAUGUGGAGGAUGGAAAGGUUGAAGGCGAGGAUAUGACCGUGGCUGAGAGUAUCAAGCAAGACGCAAUUAGAUAUAAGCAGCAUGACCCGGAGGACUUCGACAAGGCUGUGUCAUUCUACAAGGAGCAUAUGAACAGCGGUGAUGGACACCCUGAGGUUCUUGAGAUCAUCUUUGAGGUUGAUAGAGAGGAUGUCAGUGGGAUCAAACUCCCCCCAGUUGGUUAAAUACUUGACGAAAAUAACAGAGUCGUGCCGUCAGAGUGAUUGUUCUCGAGUUAAGGCUGGACUCAACCGCAGCUUGACUGACGCUAUCAAUUGAGAGUGUUGUACAUCGUGAUAGAAUCUAGAAAAUAAAAACAGAGUAUACUGUAAGUGAUGAAAAGAGGAAGCGCAAAAAGAAAGACAAAAAACUAGAAUGUGAUGGCCAUCACAGGACUCGAACAUAGAGUCAUAAACACUGUAGGAAACGAAGGGUGGAUCCGGGAUUCCGGACUCCCGCUACACCAAGUGGUUCAGCUUGUGUUUCUUUUUAGCUACUUCGUUGAGUGUGAUUGUUUUAAUUUGAUAUAUAACGAAGCUUGCAGGCUGAU